GGUAAUUGGUUGAAGAUUGUGGGGUAGUUUUAGAAUUGAAUAGUUUAGAAGGUUGAUGAACUUUGUAGACUGCAUUGAUUUUUUAGGAUUUUAGAUCAGACUACUCUAGCUGUGAAGUAGUGAUUUGAAUUUUCGGAUCUUAGUUGAGGGCUAAGGUUUUAAUGCUGGGAUUCUAAAAUCUAGCAGAAACGGCGUAACGCAAUCUGGAAGAACGGCUGAUUUGACUUUCCUUGCCGUGCCUCGGUCGUAGAGGGCGGAUAGGUUCAUCACUUUUGGGAUUGGUACCCCUUUUCUGUGAAAAAGAAGGGUUUAAUUUGGCUGAUUAAUCUUGUCUGCUGGGAACCUGUGGUUGGGAUUCUUCGUUGUGGAUAAGAUGAGCUCAAGCUUGAUAGAUGCUGGUGCAAACAGCGGCAAGUUGCUGGUUCAUGUUUCUGAAAAUGGACACUCAUUUCAGCUCGACUGCCACGAGGGUAUGCUGGUUGAGGAUGUGAUGCGUUUGAUUGAAUCAGUCACUGGCAUUAACUACAAUGAUCAGUUUAUUCUUUCUUUGGAUGUUAGACUGGAAUCACAGCGACCCCUUUCGGCUUACAAGCUUCCAGCAGAUGAUCGGGAAGUUUUCUUGUUUGAUCGAUCCAGACUACAAAGCAAUUCACCGCCGCCUCCACCAGAGCAGAUCGAUAUCCUUGAUAUUGUUGACCUACCAUCACCUUCCUCUUCUCAAGAUUCCCAUCCUUUAGAUGGUGCCUCAGAUCCUGCUUUGAAGGCUUUGCCUUCUUAUGAGCGGGAGUUUCGUUACCACUACCACAAGGCUCAUGCGAUAUACAGUAAUACGGUGAUGAAAUUUGAUUACUGUGAGAGGCUUUUGAGAGAGCAGAAGGUUCAAGAGAGAGCUUUAGAAGUUGCAAGGGGUAAUUUGGAUCAAUACUAUAAAAUGAUUAAUCAGAACUACACAGAUUUCAUGAAACGUUAUUCGCAGCAGCAUCGGGUUCAUUCUGAUCUGUUGAUGAAUUUGGGUAGAGACAUUGAGAAAUUGAGGUCAGUUAAGCUUCAUCCUGCCUUACAAACAGCCAAUCGCAAGUGCUUACUGGAUUUUGUGAAGGAGGAUAGUUUGCGGAAAUCAGCAGAAAAUUGCAGCAGUUCGCACAGCCAGUUCGAGAACAAAGUUGUUAGAUUUAAGGUGAUAUUUAAUGAGGUUAAGCGGAAAGUUGAAGAUUUAUUUUCGAGCAGGGCUUCUAUUUCUAUAAAAAGUUUGGAACUGAAUAUUAAGGAGCAUCAGCGGUAUAUCAAUGAACAAAAGAGUAUAAUGCAGUCCUUGAGCAAAGAUGUCGAUACUGUAAAGAAACUGGUGGAUGAUUGCCUAUCUUGUCAGUUAUCUUCCUCAAUUCGCCCUCAUGAUGCGGUUUCGGCCCUAGGUCCCAUGUAUGAUAUCCAUGACAAAAAUCAUCUGCCAAGAAUGCUAGCUUGUGAUCGGGCAGUUUCCAAACUACUUGAUGUUUGUAAGGAUAAAAAGAUUCAAAUGAACAACUUCUUGCACUAUUACAUGCAAAAGAUUGCUUAUAACUCUUACAUCAUCAAGGAUGUUAAAUUACAGUUUCCUGUAUUUAAAGAGGCAAUGGGUCGUCAGGAGGACCUAUUUAUGGACCUAAAGUUAGUGCGAGGGAUUGGUCCAGCCUAUAGAGCUUGUCUUUCUGAAGUUGUGAGAAGGAAAGCUUGCAUGAAGCUUUACAUGGGUAUGGCUGGUCAAAUGGCUGAAAGGCUUGCAAGAAAGAGGGAGGAUGAGGUUAGGAGACGUGAUAUGUUUCUAACGGAACAUAAUGGAUAUUUUCCAAGAGAUGUAAUAGAAUCCAUGGGAUUAAAUGACAUUCCUAACCCAUGUGAUGUCCAUAUAACUCCUUAUGAUGACCGUUUAAUUGAUGUUGAUAUUUCAAAUCUCGACCGUUAUGCUCCCGAGUACUUGUUAGGAUUUCCUUUGAAGAGUGAGAAGGCAGGAGUCACCAAGGAUUCCUCUAUAAAAUCGGUUGGAGCUUUGAGUUCUGUUGAGGCUGAAGAAAUUUCAAAGGACACCUUUGAGAGUUAUAGCUCUGGGGAGCUUGUUGAAGGUUCUGAGUUGGUAGAGAUUGCUGGAACCAGCAAGUUGGAAGUUGAAAAUGCAAAAUUGAAAGCUGAUCUUGCUUCUGCUUUAGCCACAAUCUGUUCACUCUCUCCAGAAUAUGAUUUAAUUGAUGACAGCAAACUUGACGGUAUCUUAAAGAAUGCUGCUGAGAAAACAGCUGAAGCCUUGCGUCUUAAAGAUGAAUAUGGAAAACAACUUCAAUUAAUGCUUAAAACCAAGCAGAUGCAAUGUGAAUCAUAUGAAAGACGCAUUAAAGAAUUGGAACAAAGACUGUCAUCAGAUCAGUAUUUGCAGGGGCAAAAUCUCUCAAAUAAUGCUGUAUCUGAUUUUUCAGUUUUGGCUGUAAAGAAUGAUGGUUGCGAGCCCCAAAUCUUAAGUGGUCGAGAAGCCCCUGCACCUUGUAUAUCGACUACAGAGCCAAUGGAUGAGGUUUCUUGCAUCUCUAAUUCACUGGAUGUUAAGCUGGGGUUAUUUGCUGAACAGCCUGGUAGAGAUCGAGAAGCAGUCGAUGAAAAUAUGAUGGAUUCCCGUGGUGAUCAGAAUCCUCAUUUGGAUUCCUCAAUGAUGGAGCCUAAUCGUGAAGAACUUCAAGACAAUGAUAAAUAUGUUGGGGAUAAAGUAGUAGGACAGAUGGGAAUAUCUCUGACGAACAGUUCCACAGCUGAGAGCAUGCCUCAAUCUCUGAGUGUCUUACCUUGUGAAACAGUAGAAGAUCCCAAUUUGGAUUUGAAUCUUCAGAAUGGCCUUCUGCUGGAGUUGCAAAAUGCACUAGCGGACAAGACCAAUCUGUUGAGUGAAACAGAAACCAAACUUAAAGAUGCUAUGGAGGAGGUUGUCGUACUGAAGAGAGAGUUGGAAGCUAGUAGGAAGCUGCUUGAUGAAUCUCAGAUGAAUUGUGCCCACUUGGAGAAUUGUCUACAUGUAGCAAGGGAGGAAGGUCAAACUCAUCUUUACGCAGCUACACGUAGGGCUUCAGAGUAUAGUGCACUUCGUACAUCGGCUGUGAAAAUGCGGGGUCAUGUUGAAAGACUAAAAACCUCUGUUUUUUCUCCCAGUGGAGUGUCUGCUUUUGCUCAUUCAUUGCGCAGUUUAGCGCAAUCUUUAGCCAAUUCUGGCAGUGACAAUGAAAAUGAUGGUACAAAUGAAUUCCGCCAAUGUAUCUGGGCUAUAGCGGAGAGAGUUGGAAUUUUGGUCGAACAGCACGAUAAAUACGCAAAACUCGAAGCUUCCCACGAACAACUUGUCAAAGAACUGGAAGAAAAGAAAGAACUUGUUAAAACUUUGUACGCAAAGCAUCAACUCGAGAAGCAGGCAAACAAGGAGAAGAUUUCUUUCGGUCGAAUGGAAGUCCACGAGAUUGCUGCGUUUGUUCGCAAUGCAGCUGGGCAUUAUGAGGCGAUCAAUCGGAAUUGCACCAACUACUACCUGUCUGCUGAAUCAGUGGCUUUAUUUGCAGACAAUCCUCUAACCAGAUCUAACUACAUUGUUGGGCAGAUUGUCCACAUUGAACGUCAGACAGCGAAACCGUCACCACCUUCUCCUCAGCUCGAUCAAGGUAGGGCGGAUCAAACAGAUCGUGUGAUCUCCGACAUGGGGACCGAUGGGUUGACCUUGAAUUCAGGUUUAUCUUCGAACCCAUAUGGGUUCCCGGUCGGAUGUGAAUAUUUUAUAGUGACCAUAGCGAUGUUACCGGAUACUGCUAUUCAUUCAUCAGCUUCCUGAUCCCUGAAAACAACAGAGACUGACAUGAUGGAAGAUCCCAAGUGUACAUAUGAAUAACAUGGAAGAACAAUUGUGUUGGGAGGUGAAGUUUUUAAUUUCCUUUUUUUUUUGUACAAAUGAUGAUGGUGGAAUGAGUUUUUAACCCCUCACUUUUUACCCAUCUCUCUGUAAAUAUUUAACAGUUCAGUGUGGAAACUGUGAAUAUUAUUAUUACCACUUAGUCUUUAGUUUGACUCUA